AUGAAUUCUGUAGAAGAUUCACGGUACAACAUUCCAGUACUAGGACUGGGAACACCAUAUUUCUAUCUUAUUCACUGUUUGACUCUUAUUUGUACAAUCUGUAGCAUUACAUCGGUACUUGCUAUUCUUGUGAUAUCCUUUCGGUCUAAAACUGCUCGCACUUUCUUCAAAUCAUGGUCAAAGUGCGAACGUUUUGCCGUUUAUUUGGCUUUUUGUGAUGGUUUCCUUAGCCUAGGACAGUUUAUGGAUCACUUUCAAAUGGCCAUAGCUAAAGACCAUGUCCAUCCAAUUGAGCUGUGCGAAUUUUAUGGUUUCGUCACAUUCCUAUUUUGCGCCGCCCAAAUGUUCCUUGUAUCGCUCAUUGCAAUUAAUGCAUUUGCUCUGAUGAAAUUCAGUAAAAAUAUUUUUCUUGGAAAGUAUGAUUGGAAGCUUUAUUUGCUUAUGUUUGGAAUCCCGCUUUUUGAAUGCCUUGGUGCAACUUUUACUGACGAAAUCGGACCCAUGGGAGCUAUGUGUGGAGUGGCCGGAAAUAUUUCUUUUCUGUUUUUUUCUACAAUACCGGUACUGAUUGUAAUGACACUAAACACGGCUCUUUACACACUUACAUGGUACAAGAUUCGAAUGGAAACAAACAGAAUAAAUAGCACCAUUGGUAACACAAAUCCAGACAGUAAGGCCACACAGGCUGCCAAAACAAUGUCUCUCUUUGUCUUUGCGUUUCUCAUCCAGUGGUGGGCAGUGGCUAUUUACGGAACCUGGAAAAUUGCUGUCGAUGAUGUUCCUGUAGAAAUCUUUAUUAUUGCCAUGAUGUUCGCUAAUACGGGAGGUGUUCUGAAUGGGUUCGUUUAUUUGUACAUGUAUAAAAGUAAAAAACUCUUUAAGUUAGAUCUCUCAGAAAAAAACUCCAAUAUGGACAACAAUUCCGACAGUGAAGAUUUUGAGAAUUUAUCAUUUUCUGAUGAUGGCGAAGAACCUCUUCUAUCCUCUGAUGUCAAAGAGGCACUAAAUUCUUCAAUCCCCAAGGAUAUGGUCAGCAAUCGACAACCCUCAGGACUACCUAAGGCCACAUGA